CCCACAAUGAUGCAGCCAGUGAUCGCAAUGACGGAAGCGCUCGACAUCAUCAUCGACAGCGACGCGACGUACCCGGACAUUGAAGGUGGCCAUGGCGUCGACCACAAUGGCAUUCCGCAGCGCCAGUGGCGACAACACCUCUGCGGCUGCUGGAGCGCGUGCGUGCCCAACACACUCAUGAGUGCGCUCUGCCCGUGCAUCUCGCUCGCCCAGAUCAGCGUCCGCAUGGGCUUUUCAUCCUCUUCGUACGUGGCGCAGGUGCUCAGCACGGGUCUCUUCCACGGUGUCGUCUUUCUUGGCUGCAUCGUCGGCGACGUCGGCGGCACCUUGCUCGCGAUCGUCUUUGCCUUGGGGCUCUGGCUGUACAUGUACCGGCUUCGGUCGCGGCUUCGCACCGUCUUCCAGAUUCCUGGCUCGAUGCUCGAAGACCUCUGUGUGACCCUGCUCUGCCCGAUUUGCGCCACGUCACAGAUGGCCGCCCACGUGCAGUCGUUCGACGAGGGCACGUGCUCGUUCGACGCCAAGUCAGUGCUGCCCGGCUACCACGUCUAG